UAUGAAAAGGAUUUUCAACCAUUCUCACGUAAAAUUCAUAAGAAGGCAGUUACUUUUGAAAGGAUCCUGAAAUCACAAUGUUGAAUAUUGUCGUAAUUGGUGCUGGACCAUCAGGAUUAUGCAGUGCAAAAUACUCACUGGCGCAUGGAUAUAAAGUUACUAUUUACGAGCAAGCUGGACAACUGGGUGGCGUAUGGAAUUACACAGAGGAAGUGGGAAGGAAUCAAUACGGCAUCAAUAUCCAUUCAGCGAUGCACCGAGAGCUAAGAACAAAUUUGCCGCAUCAGUUGAUGGCGUACAUCGAUCAUCCAUUUCCGGAGGGUACGCGAUCAUUUCCAUCACAUAUCGAAGUUCAAAAAUACUACCAAUCUUAUGCAGAACGUUUUGAUUUUAUGAAACUAAUAAAAUUUAAUCAUUCGGUGAUUCGCGUUCUUCCAAUUGAAAACAACAAAUGGGAAGUGAUUGUCAAGGACUUUGUCAAUGAUAAAUUCGAAACGAUAAUGUGUGAUGCGGUUUUUGUAUGCAAUGGACCUCAUGCAAAAUCUCAUAUCCCAGAGAUUCCAGGCGCAUCUGAAUUCAAAGGAAGAAUUAUGCACAGCCGAGAUUUCCGGACACCUGAAAAAUUUCAUGACGAAAAUGUUCUUGUCAUUGGGAGUGGUGAUAGUGCACUUGAUAUAAUACAACUGUUACGGAAAACUGCAUCUCGAAUCACAGUUGUUUGCCGUGAAACACAAAGUGCCCAAUGGCAGAAAAUGCUUCAGAAUUUAUUGUCCGAGAAUGUUGCAGUCCAAGGAGAAGUAAAACGUCUAACUCAAACUGGUGCCGAAUUUUCGGAUGGAUCUCAUCAAACAUUCUCUGUGGUGAUAUUGGCAACAGGUUAUGUUUAUGCAUAUCCAUUUUUAAGCACUGAAUGCGGAAUUUCUAUUGACGAUAAUUUCAUCCAGCCAUUAUACAAACAUAUACUAAAUAUUCAGUAUCCAAAUAUGGCAUUUAUUGGUGUUACGGGUAUUACUGGUAUUUUUUUUGAUUUACAAGUACAAUUUGCUCUGAAAUUCAUAUCAGGCGCCAAGCGAUUGCCAUCGAAAUCGGAAAUGCUUUUGGAUAUGCGUGCCAAAACAUUUAUCCAUUGGAAUAGGGGUUUCAGUAAAAAUAAAACUCAUUAUUUAUAUUUAAAUGAAAUUUCUAUGAACGAACACCACAAUCAAUUAUCAGAGAUUGUAGGCCUUGAGAAAGAAAAAGCACCAACUGUGCUGCGUUCCAUUGUUUUAGAUGUCUAUGAAACACGUUCAAAGGAUAUCGAUUAUCGAAAAUACAAAUACGUUAUAAUUGAUAACAAUACAUUUGAAAAAUCGGAAGAAUUAUAAAUACUACACUGAGUGGCGAUGAAAAUCAUUCAAGCAACUAAUUUCAUGUUUAAUUAAAAGAAACAGUCAAUAUUGCUCAAAGUACUAAUUCAAUAGAUAUAAAAAUAUUAACAUUUUUGCCCAUUUUUACAGUAGAAAACUUGAAGGUAUUUUUGUGGAAAUCCGAUUAAAAAAAGAAACUGCAAGCCGUUUUUUUUUG